AUGCCCGCAAUACUUGACGCAAGCCGCAUUGGCAAGAAGCCGGUAUUGACAGUCACAGAGCGCCCUUUCACUACAACUACAAGAAUCUCCACCUUGGGCGGCGACUUUCUGGUGACGGACACACGCCCAGCAUGGCACAUCGAGCCGAACCGAGCAGUGGCAUUCAAGACGCCAACACACGGCGCGCAAGCAUCGUCAGAAGGACCUCUUGGGUUCCGAAAGCCCGUCUACGAGGAGGUUCUUCUUCCACCACGACGAAUCAUGCUGUUACACGAGGGCGAGGACCGCUGGCCAACUGACGAGGAACCUUCACUAUUACAAGUCAAUCGUCAGAUCCGCCGAGAGGCGUCUGCUAUUUACUGGCAAGAGAAAAAAUUCUACUUCUACUUCUAUGCCAUGAACCACACCCUUGACCCUCUUGGACGAGUAGCUGCAUGGGCCAAGCGCAUGGAUACAGACGUCUUGUCCAACCUGCAUCACCUCUGA